AUGUAAAAUUCAUAGCAACAGAGCAAUAGAUAUAAUUUCAGAGGAUUGGUUACUCCACCACAGCAUGAUUCCAUAAUUGCAAUUAGUGUAGAUAAAACAAGUAUAAGAGAUAACGCAGGAGAUGCAUAGUCAUCGAUAAUUCAAAAUCUGAACCCAGAGAUAGACUGCAACAAUAGGUCGUUUGAACAGCCUCCUUAGGAAAUAAAUAUUAAUCUGAAUUUCGUUGAGGUAAAAGAUUACCAAAACCAGCAGAAUGACCACAAAUCAUAGGUUUUUACUGACAAGACGAGUUAGUAUUAUAGUAGUAGAAAUGCAAGCUAUGACAAGGAGAAGUUUGAGAGUUUGAAAACGUAGCUUGAAAAUUAGAAAGCGAGAUUCGAAUCAUAGAGAUAAAAGAUGACUGAGAUGCAAUAUGCUUCUGCUAGAGCUAACUAUAACUUGCUUAAUAAGACAUUUGAUAGUGCACUUAGGGAGAAAUAAACUGAAAUCAAAAUACUAAACAAUAUCUUAACACAACCCUAGCCUAGAUCGUAGACCAAAUCAAUCAUGAAUUAGAAUUCUGACAAGUAAUAAUUAAAUCAAUCGAUGAAUAAUUUAAGCUUAAAGAUUUAAAAGAUUGAUGAAAGAGUUACCCAGCAAACUUAAUUAAUCGAUACCUAAAGAAAUUAGCUCAUUUAAUAAUAACCAAGAAUAUUGAAGGUCACCUAGCAAUCAGUAAUUUCUACUGAAUAAAAGCAUAAGGCCCUAAUUCAAAAUUACAUCAGCAAAUAAGAUACUAAGAUUGAGGAUAUUCAGUAAACUAAUAUCAAUGACUCUCACUCGAAGUCUUUUGAGAAAUCAUCCUCUUAAUCUUUUUCUAAAACAAUUAAUGAAAAAAUAAAAAAUCUAAAGUAGGACAUUAGCUAGCUAUUUCCAAACAACUAAGAACCUUAGAAUGAGCACUCAAGAGGUAGAGAAUUGCUAAAUAAGUUCUUCCCUGUAGCAGAAAUGAAUUAUUCCAAGUCUGCUGAGAGAUUACAGCCAAGAGUAAUAAAGCUAAAUUAACUUAAUAAUGACAACAAUUUCGAGAUGCCUCAAACGCCUGUUAAUGCGAAUUCCUUUUUAAAAUAAACUCCUUCGUUCCUAGUAAACAAAUAGUCCAGGGAGGAGAUUAUCAAAGCUGAUAUAAAUAUGUUCGACAUUGACAUGUGUCAGAGUAAGACUAUCCUUCAUACUACAUGCUCAGAGCAACAACUUACUCAAUAAUUUUAGAUCCAUAAAAACUAAGACAAUCCUAGUGAAGUAGCUUUCUUAAAGUAGGAAGUUGCUAGACUUGAUCAACUUUUAAGAGCAGAGCGUGAAAAGAUGAAUGAGUACAAGGAGCGUUAUUACCGUAGAAGAGACCAUGAGAAAGAAAAGAAUAAACAGGAUAUACAGGUACUUAAGGAUGAAUUAUCAAGAAUUGAGUAAAAAUACUCAAAUGAGGUAAAAAAGGUUCAGGAUCAGUAUGAUAGCUAUAAAGUUACUAAAAAUGAAAGAGUGAAAACCAAGCUGAAGGAAUAGGAAGAGAGGUAUCUCACUGCUAUUGCCAAGGAGUAGCUUAAGAAUGAAGAGCUCUAGAAAAAGAUCUUGGAGUUGCAGAACUUAGUUAAUGCAAAUGAAGUAUAAAUAGAGAGGCUGAUGUAGUUCUAGUAAAAGGAAAACAAGAGUAUUAAGUUACAGCUCCAACAAAAAUCACAGGCAAUAGUAACUGAAUGUGAAAAAUGUAAGAUUCACAUAAUGAACAAUGCCAAACUGCUUUCUAAGAUUCAAAAAGUCAAGAGCACACCAAAGAUUAAUUAAGUUGAUUCAAAGACUACUGACAAAAAGCAUAACUAGGCCUAGUCUGCAGUUGUAGAUGUAGUUGAGGUAUUGCAGGAAAAAAUUCAAAACUCUUAAGAGUUAGAUAAGAGGUCGCAGUUCCUCAAAAAAAUAUCCAAAACCAGACUUAAAAAGCUCUCGAAAUGUGUUGUUGACUUCAGUGUCAAUUAGCUGUGCGAGUAGCAGAGUCUGCGGAUCAAGAGAAAUCAAAUGCAGCCAGAGUAUUCUAAUUAGAGACUCAAUAGAACAAGUGUCACAGGUACAGCCAGAGAAUUUGAAAGACUGCGCAUCACCAAUGAAAACAUUCCCACACCAAUCUCUCCAUUACGUUGA